AUGGACACUGAUCAGCAACUUACUUUAAAAUUAUUCAAUUGCAGUACUGAUCUUGAUAUGAUAGUCACUUUAGUUUAUGCUAAGUGUGAUAGAAUGGAGAGAAUUGAACUGUGGGAUUCCAUGUAUAAUCUUGCAUCAGACAUGACUCUCUCUUGGAUUGUUGGUGGAGAUUUCAAUGUCAUUGUAGAGGAGGAGGAGAAAUAUGGUGGCUUACCUGUAACUUUGAAUGAAGUAGAGGACUUCAGACACUGUAUUCAGACCUGUAAUCUUAGUGACUUGGGUUAUAGAGGAAGCAUUUUCACUUGGUGGAAUGGAAGGGCUGCAGAUGAAUGUGUGUUCAAGAGGCUAGAUAGAUGCCUUGGAAAUUUUGAACUUCAACAGCAUGCAGAUUUUCUACAGGUUGUGAAGGAUAAUUGGCAGACAGAUGUGGUGGCCAAUUCUUUCAUGACCUUUAAUGUCAAACUUAAGAAGCUGAAGAAGGUGUUGUCUCAAUGGAGUAAAUUAACAUAUGGUGAUUUCUUCCAGAAUAUCACUAAUCUUGAAGAGGUCAUUAAAGCUCAUGAGGCCUUGUUUGAGGCAGAUCCUUCAAAUGCCAAUAGGGAGGAACUUCAAUAA